AUGGAGAAUGGCCGAAGAUUUGAACAAGCACCGACCACCUCUACCAGAAUUGGACAUGAACGACCCAAUAGUACAAGCCUUUUUACAGACGACCCCUUCGACCUCCAAGAGGGUCAGCGCCUCUUCCCCUUUUCCAAAAGAUUGGGAGAUGUGGGAGAAGCAAAGGAAAAUCAAAUACCUAUUGGGGUGGCUGCGGAGGAUUCGACAACAAAUGAUAGCAUUCGCUUAGAAAGAGUUCCAAUGUCAAGGCGCCAACAUCUAUAA